UCCCUGGCUGCCUGAAAGCAGAGCAGAUCUGCGGCGAAGAUGGAGGACUCUCAGGGCCCAGCCACCUGCUAGCCCCCCCCGGGAGUCACUGCAGAGCCGUGGAAUCCUGUGCCCUUAAACUUCCACAGGGGCCUCUUGCAUCACAAAGUGGCUGAGAGAGUUCUGUCUUUAUUUUGGUGAAGCACAGAAGAGGAUGCUGCAGACAUGUUUAAUCCACAUGUAUUAGAUUCUCCAGCUGUGAUUUUUGACAAUGGCUCUGGACUCUGCAAAGCAGGCUUGUCUGGAGAGAUUGGGCCCCGCCAUGUCAUCAGCUCUGUCAUAGGGCACCCUAAGUUCAAGACCCCUUCGGCAGGAGCCAAUCAGAAGAAGUACUUUGUGGGCGAGGAGGCUCUGCACAAGCAGGAGGUCCUACAGAUGCACUACCCCAUCGAGCGGGGCCUGGUCACCGGCUGGGAGGACAUGGAGAGACUCUGCAAGCACCUGUUCGAGUGGGAGCUGGGGGUGAAGGCCAGCGACAGGCCUGUGCUCAUGACGGAGCCCUCACUGAACCCCAGGGAGGCUCGGGAGAAGAUGGCCGAGAUGAUGUUUGAGAACUUCAAUGUGCCUGCCUUCUACCUGUCGGACCAGGCCGUGCUGGCCCUCUACGCCUCGGCCUGCGUCACAGGCCUGGUGGUGGACAGCGGGGAUGGGGUCACCUGCACUGUCCCCAUCUUUGAAGGGUACUCCCUGCCCCAUGCAGUCACCAAGCUCUACGUGGCAGGAAGGGACAUCACAGAGCACCUCACCCGGCUGCUGCUGGCUAGUGGGCGGUCCUUCCCGUGUGUGCUGGACAAAGCCCUGGUGGAUGACAUCAAGGAAAAGCUGUGCUACGUGGCCGUGGAGCCUGAGAAGGAGCUAUCCCGGAAGCCAGAGGAGGUCCUGAGAGAGUACAAGCUGCCAGACGGGAACAUCAUCUGUGUCGGGGAGCAGCUGUACCAGGCGCCUGAGGCCCUGUUCGCACCCGACCAGUUGGGCAUCCAGAACCCAGGCCUCUCGAAAAUGGUCUCCUGCAGCAUCAGCAAGUGUGAUGCAGACAUCCAGAAGACCCUUUUUGGGGAGAUUGUGCUGUCCGGGGGCACCACUCUGUUCCAGGGCCUCGAUGACCGUCUCCUGAAGGAGCUGGAGCAGCUGGCUUCCAAGGGGACCCCCAUCAAGAUCACUGCUCCCCCUGACAGGUGGUUCUCCACUUGGAUUGGGGCUUCCAUUGUCACCUCUCUGAGCAGCUUCAAGCAGAUGUGGGUCACCUCCGCAGAUUUCAAGGAGUUUGGGACAUCCGUGGUUCAGAGAAGGUGCUUCUGAAGGGCUCUGGGCAAGGGGUAGGAGUGGGCAGUGAGCUUGCCCCUUGGCAUCAGCAGGAUGUUCAAUAAAAGACAAAACAGUGCAGCC